GCGAGGGAGCCUGGAAGGGCAUCAUGGGAGCUUUAAUGGUCAUCUUCUCGCUUCAACCCAAACAAAGACGCAAGCCCACAGACAGCGUCGAAGACGAGCUGGAACUGUCGGCUGUGCGCCACCGCCCCGAAGGCCUGGGACAGCUGGAGGCGCAGACGCGAUUCUCCCGUAAGGAGCUGCAGAUCCUCUACCGCGGCUUUAAGAACGAAUGCCCGAGCGGCGUCGUCAAUGAGGAAACCUUCAAAGACAUUUACGCCCAGUUCUUCCCACAGGGAGACGCGUCGACGUACGCUCACUUCCUGUUCAACGCCUUCGACACGGAUCACAACGGCUCCGUCAGCUUUGAGGAUUUUGUGACGGGUCUUUCCAUCCUACUGCGGGGCACCAUUCAAGAGAAACUCAACUGGGCUUUCAACCUCUAUGACAUCAACAAAGAUGGUUACAUCACCAAAGAGGAGAUGCUCGACAUCAUGAAGGCCAUUUACGACAUGAUGGGCAAAUGCACGUACCCCGUGCUCAAAGAGGAGACUCCGCGCCAGCACGUAGAAGUAUUCUUUCAGAAAAUGGAUAAGAACAAAGACGGCGUGGUGACCAUAGACGAGUUCAUCGACUGCUGCCAAAAUGUAAGCGGCGACGUCGUGGCGUUCGAGCGCACCAUCCGCUGUCUUAACCGCCGUGCUUUCUUUGUUUUGUCGCCAGGAUGAAAACAUCAUGCGCUCCAUGCACAUCUUUGAAAACGUCCUUUAACUUUACGCCCCGCGGAGAUCUUGUAUGCAGACCUCCACUCAUAACAUGUUGUUCAUGGCUGAGAACACGGCGGAAAUAUUUUUAAUUUUUCUCCCCCGGGUGAUAUCACUGUGACCUUGGGGUGACCGUUCAUCCACAUUCCGUCUGUUAAUUCCAGUUAUUAUUAUUAUUUCAAAUUGUAUCUAAAAGUGGUUCUCUUUUUCCCCCCACCAAGUACCACCACCAUGGCCAACAGUCGUAGUAUAGUAGUGCUCAUCCCAAAAAAAAAAAAAAAAAGCAACAGGUUUUAUUCCUAAAAACGAUAUUUAUUAUUGUUACAUUAUGCACAGUUUAAACAUCAACAUUGCACUUAAAUAUAGGAAA